UCAACAACAAAAAGACCAAAAAGCCCUUAGCAGCCAAAAGCCUAGUAGCUUCAUCUUUAAACCCUUCACACCAUAAACCCUAGCCACCCCCCUGUUUGUUUCAUCUUCUUCUCUCUCACACCCACACCCACCCAAACCCUAAAAAUGACAGGAGAAGCUGUGAACCCAAAAGCAUACCCACUGGCUGAUGCUCAGCUAACCAUUACAAUAUUGGAUCUUGUUCAACAGGCUGCUAAUUACAAGCAGCUUAAAAAGGGUGCUAAUGAAGCUACGAAGACUCUUAACAGGGGUAUAUCGGAGUUUGUAGUGAUGGCAGCAGAUGCUGAGCCUCUUGAAAUUAUUCUGCAUCUUCCCCUCCUUGCCGAAGAUAAGAAUGUACCAUACGUUUUCGUGCCCUCAAAGCAAGCGCUCGGACGUGCAUGCGGUGUCACUCGCCCCGUGAUUGCGUGUUCGGUGACCAGUAACGAAGGCAGUCAAUUGAGAUCCCAAAUACAGCAGCUCAAGGAUGCAAUUGAGAAGCUUCUGAUCUAAAGAUGAAAUAUGGAAAUUCGGUGUGAUGGGUCUUCCUCUUUCUCGAUUAAGAGGCGGCUUUGAUCUUUCUUUUCCUAAAACAACUAUCUUAAUUGUACCGAGAUUUUUGGUCCGCGUUAUGCAUUUUUGUAAUGUCAACGCGACGACUUCUACUUUUCUUUUCUUUACUAAAGUUUCAACAACAUUUUAGGAUGGAUACAAGUUUUCUUAUAUUUGUGUUCGUGUUUUGUUGUCGUUAAUGUUUUUUGACGAACGGUAUUAAUGGUGUGUUUUGAGCGA